AUGGCUACCUUCACGUACAAUAUCACCUCCUCUGGACCUGCCAACCAUUCUCCCUCACCUCGGCCGCACAUGGAGCACCUCCUGUGGGCGUACACUUCUGAUCCUCAGUCAGACGAAGUGCACCAGCACCUCCUUCCAAUGCCCAUGCCCAUGCCCGUGCCCCUCUUCUCUGUGUCCGGUGACCUCUCUAAGGAUGCAGCAAGUGAGGUGUUUGCUGAUUUUUCUGCCCUGCCAUCCACCAUCUCUGGUCUCAAUGACAUUAACUGGGACGAAUGGAUCCUAUUCAACUUCCCCCCAGUCAAUGUUCCCCCACUGUCACUCCAACUGUCGGAUUUCUCUGACGACCCCAUUGAGGAGGCUCACCCAAGCCCAAGUGAUGUUGCUGAUGACCCACCCAAUCGACAAGAGCCAACUCUUCCCCUGGCCCCAGAAGAUGGCGAAGGCAACACAUCGAAGGAGCUGUUGAACUCCGAUGAUUCCAUCAAGGCUGACCCACGCCCGGCUGAGGAACAUCACAUCCAAGCCCACCGAUCAGAGCAAGUUACCCCCCUGGUGUCCGACCGUUGGGAUGCGUUGGGGGAGCUGGAUAAGCAGGAAUACAUUAUCUUGCCCCUUUCUCAAGUGAAGAUACUGAAGCUGGUCUAUGAGCUCAGCACCUGUGCUGUGAAAAACAUUUCUCACACCUCACUUCUCCCAGAAGACCCAAUCAUCGACGGACCAAUGAUUCCCACCAGCUUGCCUUGUGGUUCUGAUCGGUUUAUCGCCAUUCCAUCCCUUCGACGGAAUAUAGAGAGUGUUCCAGUGGGUUAUGAGGUAUAUGCUGAUAUGACAUUGGACGAUUUGCAGGAGCAUGGAGGGUUGGAACUGCUGGCAGCUUAUUACUCCUGGAAGAACAGAUGUCGUCAGACGAGGUCACGUGGAUUACGUCAGCAUUGA